AUGCACUUGACUCUAUUGAACAAUAGUACAAAACGGGUAGAAGACAUCUGUUCAGAAUCGUAUAUUACCGAAGUAAUCGUCAACAAAAAGAAUGCAGAACAACGGUCGGUUUUGGAAGAUGCAAAUGUGUUGGCUGUGCGAAAAACAUUGGCAACGGGUGAUAAAAUUUUGAUCAAUGGAGAAGCCGAUUCAUUCUUGGAAAAGAUGGGUGUGUUUAAUGGAAAAACAUCGACGGCCGAAGGCGGAGGGUUGUUCUGCAAGGCAUUUGAUGGUAUGACAGACUCUACACGACAGACCGGAUCAACAAAUCAUACAGUCACAAAUGCGAAAUUGUCCAUGCUGGCAUGUACUACCGGAUGUCGAUUUUCUGAAAAUUUACAAAAGUUUUUGCGCAAAACCGGAUUCGAAGGCAUGUUUAAUCGAAUAUUGUAUUAUGUUUUGAAGAAAAGAAAUGCCGUUCGACCACAAGAUAAACGACCGGAUAUGAAAAUGCAUCAUCAACCGUCAUUGACUCAUAUCUUUCUGGGUGUGCAUCAUUUUGGAGAUUGUACAACGAAACGAAAAUCUGAUGUUUUGGCAACAUCUACCAGUUCGAACAAACCGUCGUCAAGUUCGCUGCUAAAGCCACUGACAACCAACGGGCCGUUCACAUUGUCAACAAUUACGAACAACGAAGAAGACGAGGAUGAUGCCGACCCAGAGAGUGCCUAUUAUUACGUGUUCAACAAAUGUGCCGAUCAGGUUGAUGGCGCAAAGUGUAAAAGCACAGAACGCCACAUUCAAGAUAUUUAUGCCAAAGCAUCCGAUUUGUAUCCACGAUUGUGCGUAAUUAUGCAAAUAUUUCGAAAUGGUUGUAAAGUUCUGGAAUCAAUGGGGGACCGAGUGUUCUUCGACGAUGGUCACCAUUCAAGCUGUGAAAUUAGCCGAGAAUUUUCAGAUGCAUUUAAAAACAAAAUCAAUCAAAUGUUCUUGUGGCCAGCUUCAACUAAUGCAAAAGGUGUGCCAGUUUUGUUCGUGGAAAAAGAGACAUGUGUCAUCACGUUCGCCUAUUAUGAAUUCCUUGUCUCGCAUUCGUGUCAAUUAUUUAGUCUCGAUGGUGCUCAAGGUCAGCGGCUGAAAAAACAGAUGAAACUGUCGUCGAGACAAUUGUCACCUGAAGCUAAAGUGCUACUGAUGCCGUACAAUAUCUUCGGCCGUUCCAGUCUUUCGCAUGGCACAGCCGGCAAUGGUGUUUUGUAUCCCAUGCAAAAGAUCUGUAUUGCAGCAGUUAUGGGCAAAUUGAAAACAGCAGGAUUGGUCAUCGAUGGUCAUUUUGUGUACACUUUAGACAAGAAACGUAAACUGAUGUCGUAUAUCAAAAUGAAAGCACCAACAAUGGAUCCAGAACGAGAGGAAUUUGCGAAGAAACUCGAAAGUCACGGUGUCUCGUUGACGGAAUACGAAGAUUUAUAUCAUCAAUCGUCUAUUCCAGGUGCAAAUACGCUUUCGCCGGUCGCAGUAACAUAUAUGACCACACAUCGCGAGUAUGUAAGCGAGUAUCAUAAGUACGAAAAUCACGAACAAAUGUCGUUAGCUUUGGGGGAGAUGAUCAAUAGCGGUGAUAUCGCAAAACAGCUAGUCCUGGAUCCUGUGACAAAUGAAUUAGUCAAUAUUUUCGUUAUAAUCAAUGAAAGUGAUCGACUCAACGGGGGAUCAGCAUCAUCAAGCUCUAAAAGCUCACCAACCACGACGAAUCAACAGACCACUGCAAAUGGAGACACAGAUGCUCAAUUGCUAAAGUUUUUUCUUUCUAAUGGACAAGAUCGUGCCCCUAUUGCCAAGCAAACAAGCGGUGAGGAAGGGAAACAUACAAAACGCCUUCCAUUGGCUCCAAUUGAUCCUAAUUCUGUUACAAAUGUGUCAGGCGAUUGUUUACGGCAAGAAAAAAUGGUUGAUGUCAGUGUUAGUGAACCUGAAGAUAAUGACGUCCGAAUUGAAGAACCACAUCCACUUGCCAACAUGAAGGAAACAACAAAACCAGUGUUGAUGUCCUCGAAUAAUUUGGUAACUGGCCAAGACAAUAUGUAUAUUGAUGAUGAGAAUAUUCUUGAGCGUCAAAGAGAAGUGGGUGAAAUACCAUUGAUGCAAAUAUCAGCGGAAGAAGCGCACGCGCUAACUUGUCAUCAAGCCAAUGGAAAUGGUAGCGAUGCUCGAGUGAGUCAAAUGAGUAUUGAUACUAACAGUAAUGCUAAAACAUUAAAUCCACAACAAACUGCUAUAUCCAGUAAACUACAACAUGAUUUGGAAAUUCGGCCAAUCACUGUUCAGGUAGUAUCUGGUUUGUCAAGAGCAUCUACAAUAGUAUCAAAAAAUACUGAUACAAGUGAUCAAAUGGAGUCAAGUAGUGGUGAUAAUAGAAUGAAUAAUAUUCUCCCAGGGCAAGUGGAAGCAUUAGAGCCAGUAAAACUUUAG